UAUUUGUUUUAAGAUAUGUAGUUUCUUAUAUUAUGCAUUCCUGAUAUUUAUGAUAAAUAUGUUGUUAUAUUAAAACUCUAUCAAUGUUGGUAGAGCUGUAUUGUUGAGCUGUUUGUUCUUAUCUUCCAGACCCGUGCUGAAAGAUAUACCAAUUUAGGAAACAAGUUUGGAGUUAUUCAUUCUUGUGCGUGAAAGUUAAGUCAAAGAGUUUGCACAGUUUGCACAGGCUAAAGUAUUGAAAUAGGAAAUUAUUUAUGUACCAGUUGUCUAGAUUUAGUCGAUACUUAGUACUUUUAGAACACAAAAUAUAUGUCUUUAAAUCGUUAACAUUUCAAAACAAUAAAAGUGUCAGUUAAUAUAUCAUGGAAGUCACAAAAUAUACUGACAAGGGUACCUAUCCUAGACUGGAAUUGCAACUGACACAUCACCGUCAACGAUACAAUUGGGAUUGUGGUGUUUCGUGUGUCUUAAUGGUUCUGGAACCAAAAACUCGGGAACAUUUGCUUCUUAAUUUCAAAGAAAUAUGCAAGGAAGAAGGCUUUAAUGAAAGUACUUGGAGCAUCGACCUGUGCUACCUGUUGAAGCGAUAUGGUGUGAGUCAUCUCUACUGCACGAUUACACUGGGGAUUCAUCCAAGCCAUCGAGGGCAGUCCUUCUAUGAUAAAGUUUUGCAAAAGGAUGAGGAAAGGGUGACCAGACGUUUCUUGAAUGCUGCAGAAAGGGGCAUCACAGUUCGCAAAGCUUCUCUCACGUGUAAAGACUUGGUUCGUCACCUCUCAGAAUCAGGACCCAUUAUCCUGCUGACAAAUGCGGCACUCCUAUGCUGUGACAUCUGCAAAGAGAACAGACUUGCAUCAGAACUGAGAGGCUGCUUGCCAUGGGGCACUGCUUAUACUGGUCACUACAUUGUGCUGUGUGGGUACAACCUGUCCAGUGAGAAGUUCUUGUACCACAACCCAUCCUUCAAAAACAGAGUCUGUAUGAUGUCCUUUGCAAAACUGGAUGAAGCAAGAUGCAGUUAUGGAACUGAUGAGGAUGCCAUCUUGGUGUAUUUCAAGAGCUGGACAUGAGGACACUAGUGAACACAAUUUCAUGUCCUUGCAGCAACAUCUGUGCCUUACAUGCAAACAGGAGAAGUGGGGACCACUGGAGCGCGCUCUCAUAUUUUUCUACAUGUGAAAAAUAAAACAGACUUUGGACAGCAUACUUUUAUGUUAUAUUAUAAAUAACACAAAUGGUGAAGUGUGUUCAGACAUAACUGUACAAUGCCUUGUUUCUAAGAAACAAAUUCUUGUCAAAAAUAAGACACAGUAAUGAAUUUAACAAUAUACAUUUCUUACCUGUUA